AUGGUGGUGUCCCGACCCCGCGAGCGCGAGCAACAGGAUGAUGGAGACGCCACCCGCACCACAAAUACCCCUACCAGAAUGUCGAGAGCGGACUCUAGCCCGCCAAAGAAGGAGAGGGAGAGAGACAGGCAGAUCAAGUCGUCGGCCAAGGACGUUGCGGAACUCACUGACUUCCAAUUAGGGGACUGCCUGGGCAAAGGCGCCUUCGGAUCUGUCUACAGAGCUCUGAAUUGGGGGACUGGCGAGACCGUUGCUGUCAAGCAGAUACGGCUGGCAGACCUGCCAAAGAGUGAAUUGAGGGUUAUAAUGCAUCCGAAUAUCGUCAAGUACCAUGGUUUUGUAAAGUCUGCAGAAACACUAAACAUCAUAUUAGAAUACUGUGAGAAUGGGUCACUGCACUCGAUCUCUAAAAACUUCGGUCGUUUCCCUGAGAACCUGGUUGGCCUGUACAUGUCACAGGUCCUCCAUGGACUGCUAUACCUGCACGAACAAGGCGUCAUUCACAGGGACAUAAAAGGUGCAAACAUCUUGACCACCAAGCAGGGCCUGGUAAAGCUCGCAGACUUUGGUGUUGCCAGUCGAACUACCGGACUUAACGAGUCCAGUGUUGUUGGAACACCAUAUUGGAUGGCCCCGGAGGUCAUAGAGCUCUCAGGCGCAACAACGGCGUCGGAUAUCUGGAGUUUAGGCUCUACGGUCAUCGAGCUCCUUGAAGGGAAACCUCCGUAUUAUAAAUUUCAGCCCAUGCAGGCCCUGUUUCGCAUCGUCAACGAUGACCACCCACCUCUUCCUCAGGGUGCUUCUCCCGCUGUAAGGGACUUCCUUAUGCAGUGCUUCCAAAAGGACCCGAACCUACGUGUUUCUGCUAGAAAGCUGCUUAAACACCCCUGGAUAGUCAAUGCUCGUCGGUGUGACUCUGUUGUGCCAAAAAAAUCCACAGAGUACGAGGAGGCAGUCAAGAGUGUCCAGGAGUGGAACGAGGCACUCCGGUCGCCUAAUUCAAAUGCCAUCCGGAAGACCUCUCAACAACAGUCAGCGAUAGGGAGCAGCCCCAUUUCAACACAAAAGGACCCUUCCCUAAACCCUCUAAAAAAAUACCGCUCCCCAGAGAACACCAACGACGAUAACUGGGAUGAUGACUUUGCCUCCGCCAUAUCCCCCGGUGCUCUCCGCCUGCCACACCUCAAACCGCAAGAUAACUUCGGCGGAAUGUUAUCCCCCGAAAAACUAAAGGCUUUCGCAUCCCUCGAAGGCAUAACCGAGCUCUCCCAGCCAGACGGCUCAGCUAUACAUGAUGACGGCCAGAUUAAUGAAUCUAUGAAUAAUGACGAACCUGACCCCUUGCAGACUAUUCGGCCACGUUCUCGAAGGUCUCCUGAUGAUGACGUUAUGCCACCACGUAGCCUUCGCAGGAGGCAUAGACAGUACCCUGUUUCUGCUUUUAGGAGAGGCCCGAUAAUAUCAUCAGCCGCAGGAGCAGCUAAGCCAAUCCGCCAGCGGCCGGCAAACUUUUACGAGGAAAGUUCGGUAGAGGACUAUUCAGAUCUCAUUGAAGCAAAUGAUGAGGUCUUGGAGAGCAAAUUAUCUGCCAUACCGGGUAUCGGACAGGAGGAAAAUACCGCUCAGAUACAAGCCGCAAUGGGUCAAGAUAUCUUCUCCGGAGACGAAAACAGCCCACAAAAGCCAAGUUCGUAUAGGCGCAAAAGAUCUGAGCUCUCUCGGUCUCGGUCAGCGAUUGAGAUUGAAAUGUACGCCGAAGACGAGGCAGAUGAGGACUUUUCUGAUAUUUUGGGUGAUGAUGAAAAUACCCUCGUCAAAUUAGAAAGCGACGAUGGUUCAGACCACAGCACCUUAAUGCUGAACUCGAAACUGUCUACUAACUCGUGGCUUGGCGAUAUUGAUGAUGAAGAUGAUCCGUUUGCACAAUUAGAAGAAGGCCUAGAUGAGCUGGACUUGGAAGCCAAUAUUGCACGAGAUAAAUAUGCACGCUUGCGAAAUCAGGUUGAAGGCUUGGUUAGCUCUCUGAAGACAUCACAGGAUGACGAAAUUCUAGUGGAUAUCUCGGAACAGCUAAUGACUAUAUUUUCAGACAUGCCUGAGACUAAGUCUGUGAUUAUGAGUGCGCACGGCAUGCUUCCGAUCCUAGAGAUAUUAGACACCUGCCGGCGCCGAGAUGUUAUCUCCAACCUGUUAAAAAUAGUUAAUGCGAUCAUCUACAACGAUUACGAGAUCCAAGAAAACCUCUGCUUCGUUGGUGGAAUACCGAUCAUCAAUAAAUUUGCUUCGAAGAAAUAUCCAAGGGAAAUCCGUCUUGAAGCAGCCGCAUUUGUCCAACAAAUGUAUCAGACAUCCACUCUAACAUUGCAGAUGUUCGUCAGUGCUGGUGGACUGAACGUCCUUGUUGAAUUUCUUGAGGAUGAUUACGAAGAUGAGAGGGAACUAGUUUUGAUCGGAGUCAAUGGCAUAUGGAGUGUGUUCGAGUUGCAGGGCUCGACUCCAAAGAAUGACUUCUGCCGAAUACUGUCUCGCAAUUCUGUCUUAGAUCCCUUGUCUCUCGUCCUGAGCAGAGUACUCGAUGAGGAAGAGGGUGAAAUGGCAGAGGUCUGCGAGGCUCGUAUUUCUAAUAUUUUCUUCAUUUUCUCGCAAGCGGAAAGCCACGUCAAAGAGAUGGUUGCGGAGAGAACUGUCCUACAUCGCGUAUUGAAAGAACUAAAGAGGAUGUCACCCAGUCCCCAGAUAACGAUGCUAAAAUUCAUAAAGAAUCUCUCCAUGCUAUCCACGACACUCGACUCCCUUCAAAAUUCGAAUGCUAUUGAUGUUCUUACUGAACUUCUCCGUUCAACUAUGAAAAAGCCCCAUUUCCGUGAGGUAUCAAAUCAGAUAUUGAACACAAUCUAUAACAUGUGCCGUCUCAGCAAAUCAAGGCAAGAAGACGCGGCUUUGAACGGUAUAAUACCAUUACUGCAAAAGAUUGUCAAAACCGAACGGCCGUUGAAAGAGUUUGCACUUCCUAUUCUCUGUGACAUGGCACAUUCUGGCAAGGUUGGCCGCCGCGAGUUGUGGCGUAAUAAGGGCUUAACCUUUUAUAUCUCCUUACUAUCGGAUCCAUACUGGCAGGUAACAACAUUGGAUGCUAUAUUUACCUGGCUCCAAGAAGAAACCGCCAAGGUUGAAGAGUAUCUUCUUGAUACCCAACAUGGAGAUUCCUCAUUCACAGUCGCUAUCAUCCGAUGCAUGACAAUAUCAAAAGCUAACGCCUUUGAGAAUCUUCUUGAACCUCUGCAAAAACUGCUUCGGCUAAGCCCUGCCAUCGCAGCUACCCUCGCCAGACCCGAUAUGUUUGAACGUAUUGGACAAAAACUACAACAUACCAAGCCCUCUGUCAGAGUAAACUUGCUCCGUAUCCUAUCUACGAUAUGUGAUUCCAGCCAGGAACAAUGUGGCCUUCUCAGCCGCUACGGCCUGCUCGAUGCCAUACGGGAGCUGCAGAAAGACUCACGAGUCCUUGUUAGAGAGCUUGCUGGCCAACUGGUUAAAAACACUGAGGAAAGUGAUAGCGUCAGCCUGAAUGGGUCCAAACGAAGACCGGCUCAAAGACGAAGGAGUACGUCUACGGCAGCACCCCCCGCCCUAAUCUCAAGCCAUUCCAUGCCCGCUUCCCCUCAAGUGACUAGGCCGAUCCCACAAAAGCCAUACUAUGAAGCUCGAGAGGCUCCUCGUCGUCAAAAUGGGCUUGAUAGCUCUCUUAAUCUCCGCCCCGGAAGUCGGGAUGGUAGAGGGCCAACCAUUCAUCCCGGCCUAUCGGGGAAUGGUAACACAGGGCUACAAAGCAAGACUCCACGGCUAAAUCAUAGGUUAUCGCAACAAAUGUUACCAGGUUCACCACAAAAGGAGGAAGUCAGAACUCCUACCUCCGCCCGAGCGCCAUCCCUCCUUCAACCAUCGUCACGAAGGCGCAGGCCAACGAAUAGCAGCUCAAACUGGACUUGA